CGGAUCAUCUCCCAUGUCUUCGUCCUUAUCGAGGGUGCGGCGCAAUAGGAGUACCUAUUCCAGGAAUGGUCGAGUAUUUAAAUAGACUGCGGUCCCUAAUGGAAGGAGACAUCAAACGGGUUAAUCCGCAGACGCAACCAUGUCUCCCGCUGAUGAUAUUCUCACUGAUGUCCCAGGCACUGUAUACCUGGUAGAUACUUCUGGGAAUCAGCUAGAUGCAGCUCAUGCAGAUCAGCAAGAUAUUAUUCUCAUUCCACAGCCGACGAAUUUCUCGGCUGAUCCUCUGAACUGGCCCAGGUACAAGAAAUACUGGACCUUGUUUCUUAUAUCCGCAUACGCCUGCGUGAACUCCUUCGGUGAAAAUAACUGGGGUGCUUCAUGGACAACAAUCGCAGAAGAGACCGGCGUCACACUGCAGGAUAUGAACGGAGGUUCCGCACUAAAUUAUCUUAUGUUGGGCUUCUUCAAUAUCAUUUGGAUCCCGUCGGCAAUGAAGUUCGGUCGGAAGAUUGUCUACAUCCUGAGUUUAAUCUGCGUUCUUGCCGGUGGCGUCUGGGGUGGCUUUUUUGAGGGCACAGUUCAGUACUACUUUAUGCUGGCUCUGACAGGCAUUGGUACAGCUGCGUAUCAAGCCUUAAUCCAGCUCACUAUCUUCGAUCUAUUCUUUUCUCAUGAACGUGGUCGGAUGGUCGCGGUCUAUAUCUUUUUCCAGCAGUUGGGCUCGAUUCUCGGGCUCAUUUUGGGUGGAUACAUCUCCGAUGGCAUUGGUUGGAGAUGGAGCCAGCCAAUUGUUGCGGUUGCAUGUGCUAUUCUGAUCCUCUUAUUCAUCUUCACCUUCGACGAUACCAUGUUCCCGCGAUACCGAUUCACAGGAAGCCUCUCUUCGGAAACAACCAAGUCAGAACAAGUCCAUGAGACGCAAUCCGAAGAUAAGAAAGAAACAAAUGCUGAUCCUGCUAUAUCCCCAAUCCCAAGCCACGGUGUCGGUGAAAUCGACAUGCCGCCACGCACAUAUCGACAGAAGAUCGCCCUCAUACAUUACUUCAAAGACGACCAAACAACCUGGUUCCAAUACUUUCGUCGGCCAUUCUACCUCUUCGCCUUCCCCAACAUCGUCCUCGCCGGUAUCCAAUUCGCCUUCGGAUGUACCGCUGGUAUCGUCUCCUUCAACACUAUCUCCGAGAUCAUGACCGAGCCGCCUUACAACUGGAGCGCAGGAUCGGCCGGUCUACUCUUCCUAGCUGCCUUGGUUGGCAACUUCAUCGGGAUGGCAAUCGGCUCUCUCUCUGACUGGCUCGUCCUCUUCCUCGCCCGUCGCAACAAAGGGUACAAAGAGCCCGAGAUGCGUCUUUGGGCCUUGGGCCUGCCUCUCGUGCUCGCUGGCGUCGGAUACUUCAUUUACGGCUGGGGCGCCACUGCCGGCUCCCACUGGAUCACGAUCGCCAUCGGUCUCUGCUGCAUGAUCGCGCAGCAGGUUUCGGCAACUAGUAUCGCAACGGCGUAUGCGAUGGAGUGUUUUGAUCAAAUAUCUGGCGAACUCGUCAUCAUUCUUGCAAUCUGCUCCUCGGUCAUCAACUUCGCCAUCUCCUUCUCCGUGCAGCACUUCAUCGACGCCACGAACUACGGCUGGCCAUUCACCUUCUUCGGUAUCUGCGUUCUUUUGUCCAUGCUCAUGGCUGUGCCCAUGAUCAUCUGGGGCAAGACAUGGCGGAGACGAUGUAAGGGUCGGUAUGAGGCUUUUUUGGCAGAGACGGGGAGGUAAUACUUAGGCUGUCUAUCUCUAAAGAGUAGAUACGAUGAGUAUAGGUGUGUUUGCUCGGGCUGAGCACCAUAUACGAAGAUUAUGAAAAGACUAUGCUUGUUUUCAUUUUAAUAUCGAUGUGCUUGUUUGUUUGUUUGUUUCUUUUUUUAUUUGUUGGUUCUGCGGGUUUAUUACUGUUUGUCCGUUUUCUGCUCAAGUUUGUUUCCAUCUCUUGAUAGAAUCUUUGUAUGGAAUAGUGAGUGCAUACGUCGAGAUUCGAGAACGUUUUCCGAGUUUAGAAUAUCC